GGGUCUGCAGCAGUCCUGAGCUGGUGCAGUGUAAGACACUCGCUCAUCCUGGCAAAUGGUGUGCAGAACAAGGGGGACUUAAAUCACUUCUGAAACAAAAAAAAAAUACAUCCUACAUCAACAAAAAAAUACAAAAAAACACAAAAACAACGAAAGACAAAAGAUCCAUCAUGAGCUACUAUUCUUCAAUCUCCUACCGCCGCCCUUGGGACAUCGACCGCGGCUCCUCUCGACCCUCCACCACCAAAUCCUCCUCGUCCCUCUACUCCUCUUCCUCCCGGAGCUUGGGCCUGGCAACGGGGAAGCAGCGGACCCCGCGUCCCUCCUCCCUGCUGGAUGCAUCUGAAAGGAUGGACCUGGCCCAGGCCUCCAGUCUGAACACAGAGCUCCUCAGCCUCCGUAGCCAGGAGAAGGAGCAGCUCGUUGGCCUCAAUGACCGCUUUGCCACUUACAUAGACAAGGUGAGGAGCCUGGAGCAGCAGAACCGGGCCCUGCUGGCUGAACUGGAGGUCCUGAGGAGGAGGCACAGAGACCCGUCUCGUCUCCAAGGGCUUUAUGAGGGAGAGGCCCGGAGCCUACGGGCUGCCAUCGACCAGGAGACCGGAGACAAGAUGCGGAUGGAAGCGGAGAGGGACCACUUGAAGGAGGUGUACGCACAGCUGAAGGAGCGCUAUGAGGAGGAGGCGCGUCGGCGUAUGGACGCGGAGGAGGCCCUCCAUAGAGCCCGGGAGGAGGUGGGACGGGCGCUGCUCUCUAACUGCGAUGCGGAGGCCAGUGUCAUCUCUCUGGCUGAAGAGAUCUCCUUCCUGAAGAAGGUGUUCGUGGAGGAGCAGGCGGAGCUGCAGACCCAGUUAGCAGCAGCCAACGUGUGCGUGGACAUGGAGGUGAGCAGGCCCGACCUCUCGGCAGCGCUCAGGGAAAUCCGAGCGCAGUAUGAGCGCUUGGCCAAUAAGAACAUGCAGGCAGCAGAGGACUGGUACCGGGGCAAGUUUGAGUCGGUGGCAGAGAUGGCGCUGAAGAACAACGAGGCAGUGCGUCUCGUCCGGGAAGAGACCAUGGAGUACCGCCGACUGCUCCAGUCGCGCUCGGCUGAGGUUGAGGCCCUAAGGAACGUCAUCGAGUCCCUGAACAAACAGCUGGAGGAACUGGAGCAACACCAGGGGGCAGAGGUCACCAAGUUGCAGGUGAAGAUAAACGAUCUGGAGAGGGAUAUUGCAGAGGCCAAGCAGGAGAUGGCUCGCUACCUAAGAGAUUACCAGGACCUGCUCAACGUCAAGAUGGCUCUGGACAUCGAGAUAGCUGCUUACAGGAAACUUCUGGAGGGGGAAGAGUUCAGGCUGGCCUUCUCAAUCUAGAUGAAUACCUCCUCAACCUGAACCCCAAUAUCUCAAUACCCUAGCCCAAACCCCAACAUCUCAAUACCCAAGCCCCAAAAUAUCAAUACCCAAGCCCAAACCCCAAAAACUCAAUACCCUAGCCCAAAAUCUACUCUCAUUACCCUAGCCUAAUCCCCAAUAUCUCAUAUUUCCAAAAUCCUAACACAUCAAUAUUCCAAAGACAGAAGCGCCCUUGUUUUAAACAAGAGGUCCACAAUGAAGAGGUCCCCCUUCUUCUCCACACACAUGUUGACAUGAUACUUCGACAAGAAGGACACCAGGUAGAAGUCAGACUGCUGAGAGAGAGAGGCUGCAUUGCAUUAUCUUAUGACAGCUAAGCCUGUGAGCAAUAUCUCCCUGGUAGAGUUGCUCUUCCCUCCGAUAGCCUGGUCCCAGAGCUGUUGCCGCUGCCUCCUUUUGGGCGUUGUUAAGACCUCACAAGCAGACCUGUCACCAGGCUAUCCCUCUAGAAUAUCAGCUAUACUCUAAGAAAAAGAUUGAUUAUUUAAUUUGAAUUCACUGGCCCCCCCGAGUUCACCCCAACAUACAAACAUUUGGCCAACUGUUUGUAGGGGAGGAACUAUAUUUAAAUUAAAUUGUUCAUCUUAAGAGGCCUGCUGGCUCGUUCCUAUGACACUGUUGUGACAUAUUGAUUAGGAACUUAUAGAUUCUGAGCUCUAUCAAGGGGAUAUUGGUCUCACCUGGUCUGCACCCCUGGUUCUGUAGCAGUAGCCAAUGAACCAGUAACCUUAAUGUUUAUUUUACCUUCCUUCUCAGCUAAUCUUCCAUGAUAUUUCCAUUCGCUUUUCAAGUUACCAAGAAAAGAAGCUCUGAUUCAGCGUUGAUAACCAGAGGAUUCAUUUUGGGAUAUUAUUCAUGAAAAAUGUAUUAUAUUUCUUACCGUAUCAGCGAGAAGCUGUGGGUUUGGACAUGUCACGGAAGACUGCAUCGUAUAAGCUUUGUUACUGGUUUCUUCCUCUGAUCUGAGAAAUAGGUCUCGGUCAGCUUCAGCUUCAGUUAGUCCUUUUGUGUUCCGUAAAGUCAUCCCAACAUAGCCUAACCUCCAGUCCGUUUGUGCUAGCGCUCCAUAUGUCUGGCAGGUCAAGACGUGGCUAGGAGUGGAAUGUCAGAACAUAACCGGUCUGGAUUUUAGACAAAUCUGUCCCUACAAGCUAUAAGUAAACAGUUAGACAAGAGUAACUUAGCCUGGUAAGCCAAGCUUUUUGUUGUGCACCUGACAUGCCGGGCCAAUUUCAGUUCUGAAUGGUGCUGUUAAACCUUAGGAAGCCUGCACCGUACACAUACGCUUGGUAAACCUGUAAGUGCCAACAACUUGCUGAAUAAAACAACCUUACUGAACUGCAA